GGUGCCGGGCGUUUUUGACGCAGUCGUAUUUACGACGUGUUUACGACACUUCUUCACGCAGUCGCUGGUCUGCUUCGACAUGGCUUCGUCGUUUUGGAAAGGUGUUGUCGGCGUUGGACUCUUCGCUUUAGCCCACGCUGCUUUCUCGGCGGCACAGCAUCGAGCUUACAUGCGGCUCACAGAGAAGGAGAACGAAACGUUACCAAUUGACAUUGCACUGCAGGCCUUAUUAUCGUUUGUGAUCACCUGUUACGGGAUAGUGCACAUCGCAGGAGAGUUCAAAGACAUGGACGCAUCGUCAGAGCUGAAAAACAAAACUUUUGACACAUUGAGGAACCACCCGUCAUUUUACCUGUUCAACCAUCGAGGUCGAGUGCUGUUCCGCACGCCAGAGGAGGAGCCGUCCUCCGUACACAACCAGCAGGCCCUCCCCAAUCCCAUCAGGCUACGCAAGCUGGAGCAUUUGCACUGAGACUGGCCUUUUUUCCUGCCUGUAACAAUGUCAUCGCUCAGAUAGAAACUGGUUUUGUUUUUAGACUCACAGGGAAAAAAAAACCCUGAGAACUCAUCGUCUUGUUUUCAUUUUUAUUUGUAAAUAAACUAAUAUUCUGACUCAACAUGCAUCUCUGUACAGAACCGACACUUCAACACUGACUGUGCCAACCCAUCCUCUUUUGGUUUUGUUUUCCACGCUGAGUUCUUUGUGCAAACAGCAUCAAAUUGCUCUGGAGUCUUAAGAUAAAGAAAAGGCUUCCCUGUUUGUCCCUCCUGACGUGAGCCGGAUUUAUCCUUGUCCUUUGUAUAUCUUUUGUACGAGGCAAAUGAAAUGAAACCUGUUUAUUUCAACGGAAGAGUCGUGAUUAAAAGGGGAGACUCCCCGAUUUCCUGCUGCAGUUAUUCUAACUGAUGAAGAGGUUUUGAUGCCGCAUGUCAAACGGGAAACUCACAAUGGUUACCCUGAAGCACUAACAGUACUGGUACAUUCAUCUUCAUGUUUUACCUUCGUCUUAUUCUGAGAUCCAACAGCUUUUUUUAAUUUAAUAAAAGCCGUACUGAUUUUA